CAGUGCAGACUUGAACGUGUGUAUGAGAACAUCCUCUGUACUACGGGACUCCUUUGUAGUUAGACCAAGACGCCUAUACUUCUUCUUUCCCCUCCCCCACCCCACCCCCCCACCCCUGGAAAAAAACACACAAUAUACACGGCUGUCCGAAUUCCAAAUGAUCGUUCCGGGAUAUAUUACUCGACUACUCAUUUCUUAAGCUGCGUCGACUUCUGUGAAAUCGCCCACCACCACCACCACCCCUGCCGCCGCCGCCGCUGCUGCUGGGUCGUUUCUUCAAGAACUCCUCGCGUACCCAGUUCAGGACUUUAUUACCCUAUAAUAUAUUUCUUCGGCGAAGUCAGUAUAGUGACACUCAAGUCUUACAUUGACAGCUCCGUCGUUCGUCUUUUCGCUUAUUUUUUUCAUAUUUUUGUAUUCCGCUUCUACUGCUACUGCUACUGCUACUGCUACGGGUGUGCCAAGUUGUCGACAGUUCGCCUUGUGAUCGAGUGAUGUGGAAGGAAGGGUACCGUCGUCGGCGGCAUCUUCAGUCAGUGCUCUUGUAAAUAAAUCUUCUUCUUCUGAGGCGUCAGUAAAAUAUAGAUAUAUAUAUUUUUAAAUAAAUAUAAGAUCUUACGAGUGCUAUGUAGUCAUUGUAAGUCAUGCGGCCUUGAAUCGUCUUGUGGAAUAGCUAGCAUGCUGCUGGAACUGUGAGAAACAGCGAGAGAGAGAGAGAGAGAGAGGGAAAGAGAGGGAACGAAAGAAAACGAGGUAGGGCGUAGUAAGAGCUCUCGACAGUAUAAUAUAUAACCUCAAGCAAGCAGGCGGCAGCAGCGUUUCUGUUCGAACAGUGUGGACUUAGCAGCAGUUAGUUUAGUUGGGGAGUGCCGGUGAAAAGAAGAAGGGAGCUGUUCUCGUUGUUGGCAACGCGAAUUUGCCCGUGUCCCACCUGUCUGCUUGCCUGCCUGUCUGUGUCUCUCGCUCGUUCGCCUGACCUGACACGCCCCAGCUGGAUUUGAGUGUGUACCGGUAACAAGUGUCGAGCUUUCUUUUGACUGGUGUCAAGUGUAUAUCUGGGUGUAGUGGGACGUGGAGGAGAGAGAGAAAGAGUAGAAGAAAGAGAGAGAGAGAGAGGAAAGGGGGAGUGGGGUAAGUGGUGAAAAGAAAAAGAGAAAAAAAAAAAUCCCAUCUGCUAUGGCACAAGCUGUGUGAUUAGCCGCCGGUACCAAACAUGAGCUUCGGGCUCAUGGUGGGGCACAGGACCUGCUACUACUACUACUACUACGCCAUGCUACUGCGGUGGUGGGUGGGAUGGCUGUUUGUGAUGGUUCUGGCCGUGGUGGGCGCGGGCGGCCAGAACGACGGGGCACCGAGCGACCCUUCUGCCGCUGACCCUGGCUGCUCCUGCGACGGUGCCAUAGUGGCCUCCGUCCUCGUCACCUUCAUAGUGACACUCGCCGCCUGCGGCAUCGCCUACCUCGUGGACCGCUACUGCUGCAAGAGGGGAUCCCGUAAUUCAGGUGGCAAGAAGCACGAUGUUGACGAGAGAGCAGCUUACGACAACCCCCACUUCCAGCCGGACGAAUCGUCCUUUGACACUCCGGAUUCGGGGGCCGUGUCGUCAUCUUCCGGCAUGGGCGGCUCGACGGCAUCGACUACAGUCCUCCAUAACCUCAGCAGCGGCGGUGGCCCGGAGAAAGGAAUGUCAACGCUCGAAAAGUUGGUGCAAGCAGUUCGCUCGGGUGGUUCAAGGUCAUCUCGUCGGGCGUUUGAUGAUUCCCAUCUAACGGAGCCAUGGGUAGUGGCGGUACCUUUGCGAGGUCACGACUUCACCGGACUCGGCUUCAACAUCUCAGGUAAUAUGAGAGACGGCGUCUUUGUGAAAGAUGUCCUGCAUCGAGGUCCUGCCUCCGAGUCUGGUAAAAUCAGUCCAGGUGAUCGACUUUUGGGUUUAGCAGUGAGUACCGAGCAUAUGGUCCACGAAGACGCCCUGACGCUCCUCAGCUAUGCUUCUCCAUAUCCUGUGAUUCUCUUACUUGAAAAGCAUGCCAAUGGUGCUGACAAGCGUUUGCCUUCUUCGACUGCAGGAAGGCCGGUCCAUCCAUUUUACAGAAGCCAGUCAAUCGAUGAUCUGACUAAGAUUGGGAAGGCCGACAUGUCACGCGUAAGGAAAGCCCACCUCUCAGGUGCUCGAAUGAAACACGAACUCUCCCGUCCAGAAGGCGAUGACAGCAGAGAGCUGAAAGGGAAGGACGACAGGGCAAAGGCUAGAGCAGGAAACAAGAAAGUCGAUGCCAAACUUGCCAAGAGAGAAGCUCCCGAGCGCCACUCGGAACGAGCCAUUGAUGUUCCGGGUGUUGAAUUGUCUAAACCAACUUCUCCGUCGUUCAAGGUAGAAAUGCCCUCCGUCAGUGUGGAUAAGCCUGACUCCAAACUGAAAUUCGGCAUCAAAGUUCUUCCUGAUCUGACGAAGCGGACAUCAAAAAGUGAUCUUGACUUGGAAGCUGGAGGUUUUCACACUGAAGGUACCACUCUUUCAGCGUCCAGUCCUCUUGAGGCAGAAGUCAAUGUUGAAAGUGAGGUGGACAAGUCUUCUAAAAAGGACAAGGCGGAUGGUAAAUCAUCAGAUGACAAACCUCCAAGCGGUGCAAAAUUUGGCAUUAAGUUGCCUCAUUUGUCUGUAAGAGCAGAUGCUAGUGAUGUGACAGAAAAGGAUACAGUUGUCAGUAAGGAGCAGAGCACAGAUGAAAGGAAUAUUAGUUUAGCGUCAGAUAUAAGUGGCAUUGCGCUUUCAGCUCUAGGUCUUACAAGAGGACAAGGUGAUCAGAGCAAAGAUUCCCACGAACCUAAAACAGAUGAUGAAAAGCAAAUUGCUAAAGGAGCCUUUGGAUUUGGGUUUAAAGGGUUUGGGAAGGAUGAAGAAUCUCACAUUACGGCUUCCGAUGAAGAAAAGGCCAAAACGAAAGGCAGCAUAGGAGUGAAUAUUGUUCCUCCAGAAAUUAAUUCAUCCUUUGGGGAUGCUAAACUUAACUUGUCACAUGAUGAUGGAGUGAACAAGAAUGAAUCGGAAUCCAGAGAAGCAGAAGGGAUUGCCUUGAGCUAUAACGCUCCUGAUAUAACUUUACCAUUUCUAAAUGAAGGUUUGGAAGUUGAAGGAAGGGAUAUAGUAGGUGAUUUAUCUGCGGAUAUCAACGCACCAGAAAUUAAUUUAGCCGCCUCACAAGGUGACAGCAUUUCCGCUGAAAUGGGAGUGCCAAAAACUGGAGCAAGUUUACAGUUUCCAAGUGUUGAUAUCAGUAUGAAAAAAGGAAGAGAUAAUAAUGAUUCAGAUAAAGAAAAGGACGAUAAGAGUGAAGGAAACUCUGGCAUAGGAAUCAAAACCAGUAAGUUUGCUCUUCCCAGCAUGAGUCUGAAAUUCCAGGGUGACAAGGAUAAGCACUCACAGAAAGAAAGCAAACACGGAACAGAUGAUGACCAAACUCGGCUGGAAGGCAUAAAAGAUGUUGGGGACUUGCACCUUGAUUUGCAAGGACCUAGAAUUUCCACACCUGACGCAGAUCUCGGUGCAGAGGUGGCUUUGCCGGCGGGAGAGGGUAGUGCAGAGGAUCAUCCAGAGGGCAAGAAGAAUAAAAAAUCUAAAAAAGACUUUGGAUUUGGGUUUAAAGCACCAGACUUCAAAUUGCCUUCGAUGGGCUUGAAAGGCAAAUGGGAUGACAGUGAAGAGGAAGAUGAGCAUAAAGAAUCAGAGAAGGGUAAAGGUAAGAAGUCAUUUGGCUUCGGAAUGAAAGGUCAUGAUGUGGAUCUACCCUCUGGUAGUGCCAAAGUGAAUCUUGAUCUUGGUAGAGAACAAAAGGACGAUGGAGACGUUAAAAAGGGGGAAGCAGAGAGUGACAGUAAAGACAAGAAAAAUAGUAAAGAAAGUGAAGACGGGAAAUCAAAGGGUGGAUUUGAGUUCGGUUUCAAAGGCCCCAAGGUCAAUUUCCCAAGUUUAAACUUUAGAGGAGAUGAUAGUGAAAAGGAAGACUUAGAUGACGAUGGACAUGAUGAAAAUAAGAAAACAAAGGAUGUACCAAAGAAAGGAUUUAGCUUUAAUCUUAAGGGUCCUGAUAUUACUUUACCAAAACUGGGUUUCCGAAAAGGUGAUGAUGAGGACGAGGACCAGGAGCAAGGUGACAAAGGAGAUAAUCAGGAAAGGGAGUAUAGAAUAACUAGUUCGGAUAUUUUACCCAAGGCAGAUGUAAAGAUUUCCUCAAAAGAUAAGGAGACAGAUGAUUCGUUAGAUGAUGAUGAAGAAGGUAGUGGAAGGAAGUCUAAAGAAGGGUUUGGCAUUUCUUUUGGUACCCCUAAUAUUAGUUUGCCCUCCUUGAAUCUUAGAGGCAAAAAGAAAGGUAGUGAUGAGGAAAAUGCAGAUGCAGAAGACAGCAAAGGGAGAGAUGGUACUAAAGACUCAUUCUCCUUUGGUCUGAAGGGACCAGAUGUUCAUUUACCAACCUUAGCUUUAGAAGGCCGAGAAGAAGGGAGUGACCGGGAAAAGUUAGACACUGAGAGCCCUGAAGGUCGAGAGAAACAGAAAAAGUCUUCAGGUUUUGGCUUUAAGAAACUAGAUAUAAACUUACCCAACAUAAAAUUGAAAGGUAGGAAAGAAGGCAAUGACAAAGGGGACACAGAGAGCGAUGAAGAAAAUGGCAGAGACAAGACAAUGAAGGGUUUCAAUAUAAACCUCAAAGGUCAAAGGAAUAAUGACGAAGCAUUAGUAAAUAAAGAGUUUGGUUAUGACGCAGGGCGACUUGAGGUUACAAUGCCAUCCAUACAUAUCAAAGAUAAACCAGAAAGUCGUGAUAAAGAUGAGUCAGGAGGAAAAGGGGACUCAGAUAAUGAAGACAUCGAAGACCAGGGAGAAGAGGGCAAACUUAAGAAAAAGUCUAAAGAUGGAAUGAAAUUCUCACUGAAAGGACCUGAUAUUAGUUUGCCAAAAUUGAAUCUGAAAAGUAGAAAAGAAAAUGUGAAAGAGGCAGAUGAACAUGAUUCUAGAAAAGAUUUAUCCAAAAUGGAACUAAACUUGGAGGGUGCAGAUGUUGACUUACCCAGUGUGGACAUCAAGGGGAAGAAAAAUAAUCAUGAAGAGGAAUCUGAUGAUGAUAGUAAUGCUAAAGGGAACUCGAAGAAAGGAUUCAAAUUAGAGUUCAAAGCACCAAAAGUUGGUUUUCCUAGUAUCGAUUUAAAAGGCAGGAAGCGUGAUGAUCAUGGAGAAAGCAUAGAUCAUGAAAAUCAGCAAGGAAAAGAGGUACCAAGAAGGCAGUAUAGUUUUGAAUUAGAGGGACCAGAUGUCAAGUUGCCUUCCGUUAACCUUGAUGAUGAUCAAGACGAUAUGGAAGACCACGAAUCACGAGACACAAACAGUGAUAACAAAGGAAAAUCAAGAAAAGGACAUGUUUUCAGUUUACAAAAACCCAACAUCAGUAUACCAGGGAUGAAUUUAAAUGCUCGUAUGGAGGCUGAUGACAAAGGCUCGGAUGACGACAGUCGUAAAGAUAAAGACAAGGAAAAGACUGGGAAAGGAUUUAGCUUAUCAAACUUGAUCUUCAAGGGUCAGGCUGAUAGUAAUCAAGAAGAUAAUUCAAAUGAUGAAGACCAAGAAGAUGCUACCAACAAAAGGAAAGGUUUUAAAUUUAAUACAAAGGGACUGGAUGUCAAUUUACCCAGCAUAAAUCUGAAAGGUCGGAAAGAAGGCAAAGAUGAUCACAGUGUAGAUGGUGACACCCAUAAUUCCAGUGAUAUGUCAGGUAAAGGCAUCAGUUAUGAUUUCCAUGGACCAGAGGUAAAUUUGCCCCACAUAACCCUAAAAGGUAAAAAGCCCAGAGAUGGUGAAGACAAAUUAGACGAUGAUGAUGACGAUAAGAAGUUCUUGGGUGAGCUGAAGAUGGAGAGUGACUUAAGAGUAUUGAAGGAUGCUGAACAAUCAGAUGAUGAGGACAGUGAAAAUAAGAAGUCAAAAAUGGGCCUCAAUUUUGGCAAUUUUAAGUUACCAACUUUCAGUCUGAGAGGCCAUGACAAAGGAGAUCACGAAAGAGAUGUAGAAUACGAUCAUGAAGAAUACAGAGCGAAGAGAGGUGAUCAGAACGUGGAUGAUGAGGAAGGUGGACGUUUUGACAAAGAUGAUGCCCACCUAUCAGAAUCAAAGAGAGAAUUUGGCAUAGCAUUUAAGGGGCCAAGAAAUUUGUUGCCGACUGUAGGCUUUCAGAGACAUGGUGAUGAACACGAAGAGAGUAAGGAUGACUUAAAAACUACAAAGAAGAGUUACUCUGCUGCUCUAAAGGGACCAGAUGUAAGUCUUUCUACCCCAAGCAUUGAAAUUCAAGGCUCAGAUGUAGAUGAAAAAGGUAAAGGAAAAUCCUCUAAGAAAGGCUUUGGCUUUGGAUUCAAAGUUCCCGAUAUUACUAUGCCUACAUUGAAGUCAACAGUGAGUGAUCACGAUGGAAAAGAAAUAUCUGAUGAGGAUGCAGAUUUAAAGGGAAAGAAGGAGAAAAGAACUUUUGAAAUGAAUGUCAAACAUCCAGAAGUUAAAAUACCGAAAUUAGAAGGUAAGGUAGGAGCUGAAUUAUCAGAGAAAGAGAACACAAAAAGUAAGAGGAAUGAUGAAGAUCACAGAGAAAAGACCUUCAAGUUUAAAGCCCCAGGGCUAGAUUUGCCCAGUUUUAAAACAGAAGGCAAAGGAGAGGUUGACGGAGAAGGAGAUGGAGAUAAAUCUGAGACUGACAGUAAAGGAGGUGAAAAGGAAUCAAGGAUGCCAUUUGACAUAGGAGUAAAACUUCCUGAUUUCAGUCUCCCCAGUUUUAGCCUCAAGGGUAAAGGUGACAAGACAGAAAACUCUGAAAAUAGUGACGAUGACAUGGACGGUAAAAUAAGAAUCAAAGACGACAAUAGAAGAAUAAACAAAAUGGACAUUGAGUAUGAGACCCACAACAAAAUGGGUAGAGAGGGAAGUGAAGCAGAAGAGGAAGAUGACAAUGGGAAGAAGUCAAAGAAUCGUAAACGCUUUGGUUUUGAAAUAAGCGCCCCAGACAUAAGCCUCCCAAAUAUGCAUGUAAAAGCAAAAGGUCACCCUGAACCCGGGCUUAGUGAUGAAGAGGAUGAAGUGUCUAGUAAGAAAGGAGGGGAAAAGAAGGCUAAAAAACGUUUCAACUUUGGUAUUAAAGGACCUGAUUUUAACUUUACCUCUAAGAGCUCUACAGACAACGCAGAAGCUCGUAAAGUUGAUGAAAAUUCUGGCAGUGAAGCAAAAGAUGUGAAAUCGAGGAGGGCUCUAGACUUGGAAUUUGAGGGCCCUGAUUUUGACGAAUCAAGUGUGAAUCCUUUGAAGAGCGAAUUUAAUGAGGACUUCUCUGGCCUUGACAUUAGCUUACCAAAAGCUCAGUUGAGGCAAGGAAAGCUCGGAAUUAACAUUCAAGGUUCAGGUGAUCUAGACCAUGAUAUAACAAAAGAUGAGAGUUCUGUCCCAGAUUUCACUUACAGCGUCAAGAGCCGUGAAGGGAGGCUAAACAAACAAAGCAAAGACCAUGAUCUUCAUUUAAGAGGGACUGAUAUCAAAUUACCUGCUGUAGACUUGCAUAAUGAGUAUGAAUUCACUGCUGACAGUGAGUAUAAUGUAAAGAAAAAGGUUCCUGAAAUUGUUGCUAAGGGCCUUGAUCUUCACAUGCCUAGUGUAAGUAUCAAACAGACUGACAGAGGUGAAAAUAGUAAAGAGAUCAGUAAGGAAGGAGACAAUAUGUCUACAUCUAAAUUUAGCUUAAAGGAUCUUAAGGGAAAAGCUGGCACUCAAGAAAGCAUUCAUUAUGAGCUGAAUCUGAAGAAGGACCUCAGCAAUGAGAUGGACCUAGAUCCAUCUUUAGUUAAAUCAAAGUACAGUGCAACAGGAAUUAUGUUGCCAAAUAUGAAUGUCAACUUGCAGAAAUCUGAUGUUAAUGUUACUUUACACAAGAAUGCUGACAAUGAGUCCAAUAUAGUUGCUGGGCGUGGGAUAGAGGUUGACUUAUCUGAGCAUGACCUCCAUCCAGGCAGCUUAGGUAUAGAUAAUAUUCCCAGAAUUAAGGGCAAACAAAGUAAGUCACAGCUUGAAUACCUCAGCUAUAAUGUUAAAAGCGAAUUGCCCGAAGCUGAUCUUGACUUUAAGGAAACUGAUGUCAGCUUACCAGGCAUGGGUAUUGAAGUAGAAGCAAAGAAAUCCAAAACAAGUUCGCAUACACAGCCGGAGGAUGAGGAGGGAGAUUCAAGAUUUUCUCCUGGAUUUGGAGUCGCGUUUGGAUUUAAAGGGUUCAAGAAACACAUUGAUAUAGAUACUGUAGAUAAGGACCAAAUGAAUGAAGAAUUCAGUAAACAUAUAGACUUAGCUUCAAAGGAAGUAUCAAUAAAGAGGCAGGAAAUACCAGAUGCAUCUCUAAAACCACCUCGAAGUCCAAAGAAUAUCACUGUUAAAGAUGUCAAUGCCCCAUUGCACGAAAUUAGUGCCAGUUAUCAAGGCCCUGAUGUACAUACCAAGAAGAUGAAAACUGCAUCUUACGAAGGAGGCUUGCGAGCAAAUGUGAAAAAGGAUGGUGAUGGUGAAAGAACUACCGGGAAAGCAAAAGCUGAGGAUGAUGAUGAAAAAUCCAAAAAUAAAAAUAGAUUUGGCCUAGGUUUUGGGUUCCGUGGCUUUGGGCGAUCAUCAGACAGUGAAGAGGAUUGCAAGGAACCUCCAUCCUUAACGCCAGAUCCUGAUCGCCCUGAAGUAAAAGAAGACAAGAAAAAGGCACGUAGCAGAAUGAGCUUUGGAUUCAAAGGUUUCUCAAAAUCUUCUGAUACUGAAGAAGAAAAUUCAGAGAAAGUGUCUGGAUCACCAAUGGACAAAGAUGGGGACGAAGAAAAACCGCGAACGAAGAGUAAAAGUGGCUUGCAUUUCAGUUUCAAGGGAAGAAAUAGCAAGAGCUCUGACUCAGAAGACAAUAAUGACCAAGAAAAAGUAGGCACGGACCCCCAACCAGAAAGUGGACACAUCAAGCAGAAGCUCAAACCAAAUCUGAGCUUUGGCUUUAAAGGUAAAAGUAGGAGCUAUGAUAUGGAGACUGGGGAGGGGAAAAGUGAAAUGAGAUCAGAUUCCGAGGGUGUUGAGGCUGAAGAAAAGGCUUCUUUAGACACGCAAGGUGAAGACGCAUCGAGAAUUAAAUCACAAAAAGGUCGCAGUUUUGCAUUUAAGAGCCGUAGUGCCAAGAAUACAUCAGACUCUGAAGGUGCAGAGGGUGAAGAGCGGGUAGAGUUAGAUACCCACGGAGGGGAUGAGAAAGUUAAAGAACAAAAGAGUAAAGGCAUUAGACUAGGUUUCAAGGGCUUCAAGAAUCUCAAAGGCAAAAUUCAGACAGAAAUUAGCCGUAUGCGACACGACAGCCACUCUAGUGACGAUGAAGCUACCCGAGAAGGAACUGUUAAUGAUCAUCCAGACGCUCCUGAGGGAAAGAGAAAGAAAAGCUCGAAAAAGAAAAAAGAGAAAGAAAAGAAAAACAAAAAGGAGUGGACAGAAGUAAUUGAGAUCUCUGAAGAGAAUUCUCAUGUCUUGAGCGUUGCUGCAGCCGCCGCCAAAGAUAACAGGAGAAAGCGCACAGAAAAGACAAAUACAUCGUCCUCAUCCAGCUCCUCCUCUAGUUCAGAGGACGAAAAUGAAGCAUCCACAGAAGUAAAGAAAAGGAAACGCAAUCGGGGAAGGAGCCGCCAGAUAACAACUGGCGUGACUGAAGUAAAUGUGAAGGAUUACCCUGACGAUGGGGAAGUGUCAGAGAAAGUACAAGUAGUGAAACGAGAAGUGAACAUUGUUUUGCCACAGCUUGAAUAUUCCAUAGAACCCAGUAAAACAGAUGACGGUGAAAUUACAUCUAAACGUCGUGCUCCUGCACCCCCUAAAGAAGAUCUGGCUAAACCAGUGAAAAAAGAUAAUGUGAUUGUAAAAGAGGUAAGAAUGAAGUCCUCACAGAUCCCAAAAAAUGCUAUUGAGGUAAAUGAGGUUGUUCACAGAACUGUAGUAGAAAGACACAUACCAAUGCUCUCACUCCAUGAUGUAAAUUCAACAGCAUCAGACAGUGAAGGAGAAAGAGGAGUUAUCAGAUCUGAUCUGGAACCAAUUACAUCCUCCACACCAAAGCACCCACCAAUUGACUCCGAAGAACUGAAGAGAAAAGCUGCUUCCCUUGGUGACCUUUCCCGAUUACAAACAGAACCUGAAGUGGUUAAUGUUAUAUUAGAAAGAGCAAUGUCUCUUGAUCUUACAAGAGCUGAAGCAACAACGUCUGUUGAAAAAGUCCCUAGACUCAAUCACCCACUGCGCCUUCAGCUUCCUGAUUCUUCUGCAACAUCCAUAGAUGAAGAAGAGGAAGCAUCAAUAAUGGCCCUUCGUGUUGAUGGAGGGACAGGACUAAGAAGAGCUGGCCAAUGGGGAACGCUGGAAGAAGCAUUACAGCUUAGAAAAUUUAGUUCCAGCAGCCUUGCAGAAGCUGUUUCUCCCAGAGUUUAUGAACCUGAAGGAGAAUCUGUUUCACACAUUGAGAUUAGUGGCUCCACAUCAGUGAAUGAAACUUCCUCACAGUGGGUUACAGCAUCUGAAACAUCAAAGAGGAGCAUUACACUACAUAAAAGUGAUGAUGAAAGUGAAGAUCCACCAGCUUUGCCAUCAACACCAGCUCCUCUUGGUGGAACCACAAUCACACUGCUUGAUGGGGAUGCUACUAUUUUGGAUGGUGGGGUAGAAGUUACACCAAUGAGGAGGAGGGAGGAUGUGGAUGUUGUCGUUGUUCAGUCAGGACGUCCAGCAUCAAAGGAAAAGCAAGUGAGCAGUUUCAGUGUUCAGCUUUGCCAAGUAUCGCCUGAACAGGAACUAACUCAUGUAUCAAAAAUGAUCACAAGCAGUAGCAGUAGCAGUAGCCGUAGCAGUCUCAGUAGUGACAGUGAAGCAGAGGCUAACAUGGUGCCCCAAGAAAUUAAGAGAGGGGAAGGAGUAACUGUUACUGUUGCUCCUCGUAUUAGCAGCGUAGACGUGAGCGGAACUUCUUACGCUUCGUUGCCCCCUCCCGUUCCACCUAAACCUCGUUCGUCACGCGCGCAAUCCCCGCCUGAACUAGUUGUUGCUCAUCACGAGCCUGCAGUGGUAACUGUAAGGGAAAAUGGUGCUGUUGUCGUCUCUACAGAUUCCCUAACCCACACAGAAAACGUAACAAUUUUACCUAAUAGCAUGGAACAUGUCAGUAUUGAAUCUGUUUCCAUGAAACCAACCAUCAGUGAGAGAGUUAUUGUCGAUUCAUCUGAGAAUGGCAACAGUUUACCUAGCCAUCUCUGCCACAUGGAAGUGGCAAGCAUCCCACAGAAAUCGUUCACUCAGAUAACGGUCGAUGGCAGUGGUUACACAGUGUCUGAAGGUGCUCUUAGUAGAACGCUGAUCAUAUCGACCCCAUCUGGUCCAGCUGUGCCCUCUGGUCCAGACUCUCCACCUCCAACACUCCAGCCCCCUCAUUAGUGAUACUGAGAACAGUGGCAUUUUGAACUGGUUAGUGAAGUAUUAUCUGUACGAACUCAUUCCAUAUAAAUACAUCAUGUCAUAAACUGUCAGGUCGCUGAAACGGAAAUGAAGAAAUGAUGAUUGCAUUAUGAGCGCAAAUCCCCUCUUUUGUUUAUAAAGUAUGUUUUUUUGUAAACAAAUGUUGUUUCCUUAUAGUUGUGGAGAAUAGGACCUGUUACUUUUUCUUCUAUUCCAGUUAUUUGGUUACUUGUGUAGAUUGCUAAAUCUUUUGAUAAGCCAUUACAAGAAGCAUUUGUAUAUUCUGUAUAAGGUUCAUGAAAUUGACUUGAGACAAAUCCAGAAAACGUUUGUCUCACAUCCCCCUGCUGUGUCUCUCAAAACCAAAGUUUGUUUGCUUAUGUAUUUCAUCAUUACCUGCCAUAAAUUGGACUCAUCACAAUAUGAAGUUGUAUUGUUUGCUCAAAGAUUUUAUUGAUUACUGAUGUGUCCUGUAGCUCACGUGAGAAACGCUUGCCAGGUUUAUUCAAGCCAUAUUAAGGUGGUGAUUGUGAAUCGAAGCUUAGUGACAACCAAGAAGGGAUAUCUGCCAAAAAUUCUCCUCCCCAUUUCAUCUAGUUUCUCAUCUUCUGCUGUUCAGUUUGCUCUAGAGUUAGUUUUAUUUCAUAUUCAUUCAUUAGUUUUAUUGGCUCUUGUAUGCAGUGUGAUGUCAGUUUUUCAGAUAUAAACUCAGGAAUCAAAACCAUGAUUUGUUUUCAAAUUUAAAAGUGAUAUUUCACGUUUUAUUUGGAUGCUGUGAAAUGAAGGAAUUCCCAGCUGGAUUUCUUCCUGAAAUUGUGGUGUAGCUUCAACAAGACGCGUUCAUGACUUUGUCUUUUCGUGAGAACUGACACACGCGCACAUGGCUCUUUUGUUUACGCUGUGGUGCUGCUUAAGGGAAUCCGCUGAAUCUACAGAAUAGGUGACCAGUCGAGAACCAUGAUGGGUGCGAUAUUUUGGCAAUGCUGAUGCACCCACAACUCUGUGCGGGUGAACAAGAUCGAGUAACCGCUGGCUCUGACUUUCCAGAAAGGGUUAAAGUGGUGCACUGGUCUGCGUCCCGUCACCGAUAGUGUCACGAUCCCCGGGAAUGGCCUCGAGUGAUUGACAGUUGAAACUGACCACGGGUGACAAACGGGAACAAAAAUUAUCGAAUUAUCGUGCACUGGCAGUUCCCAAGAAGUGGUCCGUAGUGGUGAGUUCUUGUCCCACGACGAAGGCACAACUCUGUGAUGAAAGAGCUGUGGUGAGGAGCAUCAUUAUCGUCCUUACAAAUAUUGUCAAGGAACUUUGGAUGUGGGGAAGGAGGGUUCUCCUGGUGCCUAUUCAUUAUUAGUGGAGUCGACGCUUUCAUUCCUUUAUUUCGGAUGAUAAAUUGAAGGGCUCCAUUCAACCCGUCCAAUGAAAAAUAUACCUCUGAUAUGUUGUAAUUUAAUGAGAGAAAAACAAAAAAGCUGCCGUAAAGGUUUUACUUUUUUUUAGUUUGUGUUGUUCUGUUUUAUGUUAGUGACUUAGAAAGAGAGAAUAAAGCUUAUAUAUUUUACUUCGAGAUGUGAUGUUUCUCUGUUACUGUGGACAUAUGACUGCUGUUUCUGACUGUUCUUGUAUUAUGGUUCGAGGUCUCAUAAUGAAAUGUCAUAUUUUCUUCUCUUUCUCUCUCUCUCUCUAUCUCUGUUCACUGAUACUUCUCCAUAUGACUGUAAAUAAGAGUAAUUAAUUGUAGGAAUUAAUUGUUAUUAGCUUUGUUAACGUAUUACGUUAAUAACAGUUAUCCAGUACCAUUUAAGGAUGUCACACUCAACUGUCGGAGUUUAUUAGACUUUAAGGUAUGGAUGUCGGUGCCAUACGAGACGUUGCUGGUCCGGUUGUGCUCAAAUUUCGGAACUCGGACAGACGCGCCGAGGUGCCCUGGCCAAGUUCCGGCGUCAAGAAAUGUGGGCGUGCGUGUGUCCGUCACACGCACACACAAAAUAAAUUAAAAAAAUUCAACGGGAGAAAACUGAUAAUGAAAAUCAAAAAGUAAUGUAAUUUGUCGUUGGUUUAAAAUGAUGUCAUUUUAUAAUAAAAGUAGUCUUAAGAAGCAACGAACAUACGUUAGAUGUAAUACACGAAAACAACAGCUUUGUAAUCGCACGUGUAUUUGUCACGUGUAUUGAAGGAAAGAUAGUGUGUUUAUAUCAUUAUGACAACUAAGUACAGCCAUAGAUAAUGGUAAUGCUAGUUCUUCUCUGAAAGAUGUGUGAGGUAUAUGUGUCCAUAUACAAAGCAAAUAAUGGCGUGGGCACAGAUGCAAAUAUAUUCACCCAUCUAAUCAUCUAAUUCAGCUGUCUGACGCUUCUAGGACUUUUGUUUUUAUUAAUGUGAAGGUGUGUGCAUAGUUAUAUCAAAUAUAUAUAUAUAUAAAUAUAGUAUUUUGUGAUCACAUCAAUCUCUCUCAUAUAUCAUCUUUCCUUUUUUCAUAUCAUAACAUUCCCCC